GCAUACUUCAACGCUGGGAUCUGGCUUGCGUAUGAGUGAGCAGUAUAUACUGCCGAGGAGCCCUUUCGACCACUGCAAGGUGUGACCUUCAAAGUACGUAGUCCACUCGAAGCUUAGUGUCCCCGUAUAUUCUAAUCCAACCUCGCUGUCUGGCUGGUAGAGGUUUAUCGUCUUUUUCUUUGCGCUAACGCCAGCUUCUGUGAUAACAUCUGCAAGAUGUGAAUCGCUGAGGGCAUCUAUACUACUAUUAGAAGGAUAUAUCUUUGCUACGAACAUAGAGAGGAGAACCAGAGCUAUGGUUUAUGAGUGUUUUCCUAAAUCUAGCGUCGUCUUCCCCGUUAAUAAACUCUGUAGUGAAAAUGCUAAUAUUUCUAAUUGUCAUCGAGGCUUUAGAAGAGGGAAUUUGCUGCGAUCGAAGUUGCCGGGCGAUGCUGUGUCAACGGGUUUGGUGUCGGGAUUUCUAUUAUAUUCUAUUCUGUAACUGCACCUUCAAACUAAACACCCAAGAGCCACGAAAUGGACAAGAACUGGGAUGAAGGGUUAGCAGACGACGAUCCAGAGUUGCUAGAUGAAAAGCUCUUUACGAGAGAUGCGAGCUUAUUCGUGAUAGACGCGGCAGCAGGAAUGCAAGAAUAUCCACCUAGUCAAGAUCCCAAUGAUAGAAUCGACGAGGAAAUGCCGUUAUUACACCGCACAUUUGACGCCAUACUACGCUGUUUGAAGAGAAAAGCGUUCAAUUCAUCAGAUGAUUUAGUUGGCGUCAUUAUCUACAAUACUGAAGAAACGAAACCAGAUAAGGAGGGCUCAGAUGUUAAAGAGCACGUCUAUUGCUUACAGCCAAUUGAGCAGUUGAAUGGCAACAAUAUACGCAAUCUCAAGAAGUUGGUGGAUGGUUCACGCGCAGAUCCUGAACUUCUAUCACGUAAAUUUAAACCAGCUGUGUUUGAAAACAACCGUACGAGCAUGCCUAUUGGUAAUUUGUACAUCAGCUGCAACCGCUUUUUCAGAAACAACCCUCAGACGAAAAACGCAUCGAAACGUAUUUUCCAUAUCACCUGCAAUGAUGAGCCUCAGAAGAAUGCGCCAGAAGACUGGCUAACAGCCAGCCGAACUAAUGCAAGUGACCUCCUCGAGUCUGAAAUCAUUAUUGAACCUUUCUUUAUUGCACCCUCAUCUUCAGAUUUCGAUAUCAAGACAUCGUUUGACGUUAAGAAGUUCUACGCCCAGAUACUCCCAAAGAAAGAAAAUAAUGAGGAUGUCACAGACCCGUCCAUGGGAGAAGGAUUUGCAAAGUUCGACAAUUUGGAGGAAAAACUGAGAAAAUUGGAAAUACCAAAGAGAACGUCAUUCACGCAUAUGUUCGAAUUGGGUGACAAUUUUUCUAUCUCUGUGAAAGGAUAUCGUACGGUAGUCGAUCAGAAAUUUUUCCCUUACGUUAUGGUUGCCGAGAACAAGAAAGGCGAACUCGAGCAGACAGAGAAGGAAACGAGAUUGCAAGAUGAAUUCACGCUGAAUGAAAUCACACCAUCUGAAAUCAAGCAAGGUUUUGUCCUGGGAGACAAGAGUAGUGAUGGUGCACUAGUCAUACCAUGUAAUACUCAGACAUAUAACAGUAUCCGCACUUUCGACUUACCAGUCGGACUGAAACUACUCGGUUUCCAGGACAUAGAUACCCUCUCACCAUUGCACAACGUUGGAACAGCAAGUUUUAUAUAUCCCACUGAAGAUCUCAUUGAGGGUAGUACGAGGACAUUCUCUGCCCUUUUAAAGUCCUGCCUCAAACUCAAGAAACUUGCGUUGGUGAGAACAGUGAUGCGAAAAAACGCAGCACCAAUAAUCUCUGCUCUCCUACCACAAGAGGAAGUAAUAGACAGUGAUGAUGGUUCACAAAUAACGCCUAAUGGUUUCUAUUUAAUCCCACUACCCUUCGCAGAUGACUUGCGGAGUGUACCUCAGAUCGAAAAUAUGAAGGCUAACGAUGAGCAGACCGAAGCAGCUGGAAGAUGGCUUAAGAAGCUCAGGAAGAAAUCUGGUUAUGAUCCAAAAGAAUAUGAGAAUCCGUAUUUCAGAUUGCUAAGAAGAAACAUCGAAUCACAGGCAUUAGAUGAGCCGCUAGACGAGAAUGAUGUGAAGAAUGAUAAGACUUUGCCACCAAUUGAGCAAAUGAAGGAUCGUGCUGGUGGUUUAAUCGAUGAAUGGAAGUCCACUCUGGGUUGGGAUGUUGUGAAAGUCGACCCUGAGGUAGAGGAGGCCAAGCUAGCAGAUGUGAAACCUAACAAACGCAAGAUAGAUGCGACACUCGAUAAUGACGUCGAUGAUAGUGCCUUCAUUCAGAAAUGGCGCGCCAACCAACUUGACAAGUGUAGACUGGAUGAUCUCAAGAACUUCUGUCGCUCUCAUGGACUCAAAGUUCAAGGAAGGAAGUCAGACCUCAUUGAGCGCAUUUCUGCAAAGCUGGAAUCGAGUUAUGGUAAAUAAUAAAAUAAGGAUGAGACUAAGUAUAUUUAUUGCUAUGUUGUACACUAAUAUAUCAUUACA